AUGGAGGUCAUCCAGCAGCUCGUCUUUGCUCUGCUUGGCUUUUGGUUCCUUGUAGUUACAAUACAUGUCGCACUGUCUGAAAGAAGGUUGCUAGCAGCGAAAAGAAACACAGCCGAAAAGAGAAGAAAACUUCUGGCUUGGGUCUUGAGACAGGAAGAGAAGUACACCUUUGUGCGGCAAAGACAAAGAUGGCAGCGCUAUAGGGUAAGCAACUUUAUACCAUGCAUUAUCAUAUUUGUCAUGUAAUUCUACUCAUAUGUUAAAUAACUUAUGAAAAAAUCUAAUAUAAGAUGAGAAGGAUAUACAUGAUGUAUUUAACAACAUACAUGUUGCAAAUGUAUGUUAAAUUGCACAUUUAAAGUAUUACACCUAACAUAUAUACUCCUUAUUUAUGCUGUAUUAUAUUUGACUUCAUAUUGAUAUGGUGUAUUAAGUUAUCUGUACCAUCUGUGUUUUGUUCUUUUUUAGAUUCCUUUGUUUUUGAUAAACCAGCGCCGCCGACCAGUCACUUGGGCUCACUGCCGUGCCAAUGAGUGGUGGGAUGUGACUAUCCCGGAAUUCACACGCACACAGUGGGUGCACAAUUUUCGAAUUUCGGAGGAAACAUUUUCAUACCUUUGUGCAAGGCUACGUCCAGUGAUGGAGAAGAAAAGCACCAACUUCAGAGUCAGUUUGCCUGUGAGGAAAAGAGUUGCCAUUGCACUGUGGAAGUUGGCUACUAACAGUGAAUACAGAAGUAUCAGUGAUCUUUUUGGUGUCAGUAAAUCAUCAGUGUGCCGGUGUGUGUAG